GUGAAAAUGUUGGAGGGCACAGGAAGACAUGUUUCCUCUCUGUAGUGGGGGAGGAUACUUCUGGGGGAGGAUCCAGACUGGACUGUAAUAGCUUCUGCAACGCCAAUACACAACACGCCGGUUAAGUCUUCUACAAACCUGAACGUGUGAAAUAUUUAGAACAAAAAUAAAGUCAUGGUUCAUCCAUCACUGGGGCUGUUGGUGGUGUUUUCGAUGCAGAGCUCAGCUUUCAUCGCCCAGAAUGGUUCAUCACCCUGACCUGCGGACUUUCUCUGGCCACUUUGUAACUGUACCAGAUCAGCCUUUAGACUACCUGGACCUGUCUGUGUUUGACAACUGGAGGGAUGAAGGCUCUGGUUUGGGCUCAGAGCAGAAACCGGCAAAAAAACCCGGUCACCACGGUCCACACCGUCAUCCCCAGAAGCACUACUUGGUCUCAGAUGAGACUAAAGGUUUCCUCCGGGGUCGCCUGGCAACAAGCUUUGUCCCGACUUUUUACCUCCUUGUCUUCAUCAUCAGCGUGCCCCUCAACCUUGUUGCCAUGGUGAUGUUUGUGCAUCACAUCCGUCCAAAGAAACCGGUGGUGAUCUACAUGCUGAAUCUGGCCUGUUCUGAUCUUUUGUUUGGCCUUUUUCUUCCCUUUAAGAUUGCUUACCAUUACCAUGGCAACGACUGGAUCUAUGGACCGUUUAUGUGCAGACUGGUCACGGCAGCCUUCUACUGCAACAUGUACUGCUCCGUCCUGCUGCUGUCGUGCAUCAGCGUUGACCGUUUCCUGGCUGUGGUGUAUUCUGUGAAGUCGCUGACGUGGCGGACUCCUCGCUUGGCCUCAGCUGUGUGUGUUGCCGUGUGGGUUUUAUCCCUGGCAGGAGUAUCCCCUCUUCUGUCUUCAGGGCAGACCGUCCAUUUACCAGACCUGGGCAUCACCACCUGCCACGACGUACAGGACGUAGGAAAACUCCAGGCUUACUAUCUGUUCUUCUUCCCCAUCUACUCCUCUAUCUUCUUCUUCAUCCCCCUCAUCUUCACCGUUGCCUGUUAUGUGCUCAUCAUCCAAGCCCUGACAUCAGCCAACAUGGACGACCGCUCCAAGAAGACUCGAGCUGUGGCGAUGGCUGUGGUGGUCCUGGUGGUGUUCGUGGUGUGUUUCACCCCCACCAACAUCAUCCUGAUGGUCCACUAUGUCCAACUGUCCCAUAAGUCCAGUGAUGCGUCCUACCAGGCGUACCUUCUGUCCACGUGUCUGGGAAGCCUGAGCUGCUGCCUGGAUCCAGUCCUCUAUUACUUCGGUUCCUCUCAGUGCCAGAAACAGGUGGAGGCUCUGCUCAGAUAUAAGAAACUAGAUGAGGCAGACAGUGGGACGAGCAGCAGCAGUGGACGGACAGACGGCAGCAGGUCGUGCAGGAUGGAGAGUCUACAGAACCGCUUGGAGAGUUACUCCAGCCAACUGGUGGUUUAAGCACAAGAUGAAGAUGAACCUGGUGUUGAAACAUUCACACUGUCACAUUAGGCCUGUCUGUGUAGUCGGAUCAGAAAUGAGAUGUGAGAGCGAAUGAAUAAUGGAUCCUCUGUACGCGCUUUGAGUAUGCGUUCAUAGAAGGCGCUAUAUAAAUCUAAUCCAUUAUUAUUAUUAUUAUUAUUAUUAGAAAAAGAAACACGUUACACAGGUUUCAUAUUCACCCUUUAUUUUCAAAGGAUAAAACACUGAUUUUGGUGUUAAUGUGCUCUCAUUUACACUUAGAAUUAGUUUCUUAUCUCUGAUUGUCAAACAGAGAGAUAAAGUUCUGGUUGAUAGCAUACUUUCUUCUCAUUCCUUUCAGAUUUUAUCUCAAACACUUUUUUUAACCCAUAAAGACCCAAACAACCGUCGCCGACCAAAACCAUCUAUUGAUCCAAACUGUUUAAUACCUGUUGAUCCAGUAAUCUUAUCAAUACAUGUGAA